AUGAUUAAUACUAACUCUGAAACAGUCAAUAUAGUUGAACCUUUAAAAAUUGACUUGAACAAUUUAACUGAAAUUCUUUUAAGGUUACCAAUUGUGAAACUAUUAUUACGUGAUUCUUGGUCAGUUCGACCAACGUUGUUGUUGCCUUCUCUUGGUACAGAAGUACUCAUUUCUGGGUGUGAAGCGGAGAUAUCACUCUUCUUGUUAGUGUUGUAUGUUGUAAAAGAAAUUAAAGUUAAAAAAAAUGAGAGAACUUUUAUAAUCCAAAAUUUAAAUUGGCUGUCUAGACACAUUUCAAAAAAUGCUCGUCUGUUAUGCUUUCUUAUGUUUUUUUCUUUUUUUUUUGUAGUUUUGCAACCCAAGGAAUCGAUUGUAGUGGCGAGCCAAAGUAGUUGA